AUGAGGGACUACUCGGCCGCUCCGAGCAACGGAGGCGCCUGCAUGCCGUGCUGCCAAGUUUGCGUCUUCGCCUUUACCGCAUUUCUCAUCGUUGCGGAGAGGACGGCGCUGAUCUACUGCUUUGUCUACUAUCUGUGGGUGGGCCACAACUACUGCUAUGCCCAUCUCGCCGGCUUCACCGCACUGUUCCUGCUGCCAGGUUGGGGUCCCCAGUGGCUCAGUUAUCUGUGGUACCUCUCAGAUGGACGAAUCCGCAGGAAGUCUCUCACAUGGACACACAUUCUGCACCUGGGUCUCUUCAAAAGGCUGUGGGAGUGUAUGCGCCUGCCGGAUGAGGAUGUGUACUGUGAGAUCAUGCAGCAGGCGGAUGCGUCCGCCUUACGCCUGUUUGAGGCCUUGGUGGUCACCCUCCCCCAGACGCUGCUGCAGACUUAUGUGCUCAUCUGCACUGAUAUAGGAAUCAAAUCUCCAGCCUCGGUGUGUUUUGUGGUGUGUUUGCUGUCCCUCGCCUGGGCCUUGGUCCUCUAUGCCAGAGCCUGUUCGCUCAUCAGACCAGGACACUUGCAAAUGACCCCCGCUGCCAUUCUGUGCCGACUGCUGUGGAGGGUCAGUAUGCUGGGAUCCCGGUUUGCUGUUCUCAUGCUCUUCACUCGCAUCUUCAAACAGUGGAUCCUUGGAGUCAUCGGUGUGCACUGGCUCGGUGCAACUUUCUGGAUGGUGUCUCAGCAGACCGACAUCAUACGAUCAACUAGUCGAUGGAGACUCUUCAACCUUGUUCUGGGAGCCAUUCACAUCUUUCUCUUCCUCAAUGUGAAGUACGGUCAGUCCAGAUACCGCAUGGCCGGCUUCUACCUGGCCAUGUUUAUAGAGAACGCUUUUCUUCUUCUGGCCUCCUCCUGGUUGUUCACCAUGGUGUCCUGGGACACUGUUGGUAUCCCAGCUGCAGUGUUCUGCAGCUUCCUCAUUGGAGUGAUAGCGUUGGUUCUGUACUAUCGUUUCCUCCAUCCAAAGUCUUUUGAGAUCUUCCAGAGUAUUCGUCACAGAGGGAUCGGUGGAGCCUGCAUGGAGCGUGGAUCUACACUGUCAUUGGAGGAGAAAGUCACACCCACUUUCCAUCGCCAUGCGACGCUGUCUGGAGGCGGGACCCUUAUGGACCUCCCUAUCCAAUGGGAGGGCUGGAAGCAUCACCACUGGCUGCUGAUUCGCUUGGCUCUGAAGACAGGAGACGUUUCAACCAUCUGGUCUGCGUAUGGUGAGGGGGGACUGGCCGGACUGAUGGGUCUGUCUGAAGAAGUUCACUCCCCCGAUGAGCCUCAUGUCCCUCGGGUCCCAUAUGUUCCGCCACAAGUUCCUCAGAUCUCAGCUCCUCCACCUGCUCCUGCAGCAGCUCCACCACAGGUGACCCAGGUUAGCGAGCCAGCGCCGCCACCAAAGCCACCGCUGACCAGCGCAGUGGCCCGACCGGUGAGGAAAGCUCCUCCCACGACCAUCCAGGAUAUGAGAAGGUUUCCAGAGAUCAUUCCAGUGCAGGAGGUCAUUCUUGAAGAGACCGCAGAAGAAGAUUCAAGCGCUCCACAUUCAGAGGACAAAGGUGAUGAGGAGUUUCAGAGCGCUGCUUACGGCUCGCCAACACUUUCAUCUCCUCAGCAAGCAGGAAGCCUCCAUCACAUCGACAGCAACGCGGCGACGCUGACAGAGGCUUCGUCCUCCGUAGGUUCUCUGGAUAUUAAGACACCCGGCUGGUCACCUGAGCGACGUUCCCCUCUCCUGAUUGGCUCCCCGGAGAAAAAAGCUGGCAUCCCUGGAGAAUCAAGCACUACCCUGUAUUUCAGUGCCGAUGCGCAGUCUCCCUCCAGUGGCAGCUAUCUCGGCUGGGGCUCCGAGUUGUCACCCAUCUCCACCUACCGAAGUCCCUACAGAAUCAGGGAGGCCCGUUUUGUCACAUCCACCCCACGGCUGGAGCCUCGAGCUGGGGCUGAAAGUCCAGGCCUGGCCCCUGUGGUCGUCAUCCCUGCCACUCCUGGCACAACACCAGGCGGGACACCCGGUGGCUCGACUCCUGCAGCCUCGACUCCUGCAGCCUCGACUCCUGCAGCUUCGACUCCUGCAGGUUCCAAUACCGCAGCUUCGACUCCUGCAGCUUCGAAUACUGCAGCUUCGACUCCAGGUGCUUCAACUCCCGGUGCUACCACGCCUGGCAUUGCAAUCGUUCCCCUCAGCCCAGUCAUCUCCCACGCUCGCAAACAGCUGGUCCAGUUUGUGGACAGUAGAGAGAGAGCGGUGUAA